AUGAAUGAGAGACUAGACAUACUCGUAAUGUUUCAAAGACCGAUAGAUAUCAAGAAUCGACCUCGCAUUCCGAUCCCUGACGAGGACCCCUACAGCAUCGCCAGCUCUAAUGCCAACGGUUCAGGAUCCAGUGGAAGCUCCGGUGGCUACGGUCAUGGAAAUGGGCACAGUGUAGUGGCGGCAACCAGGGAACAGCUAAUGAUGCAAAUGGGACAAAGGAGGGGUGAUAAACCACCGAAACUACCGGCGAGGGAGAACGGCUACGGUCCCGCUGAUAUACCCAAGCCCGACUACGAUGAUAUCGAAGAAAAUGGUCGCGUACCAACACAAUUUCCACGUGGUAAAUCUGAUAAAGGCAAAGACAACAAGAAGUACGAUGACCCUUACUAUUGCGGUCUACGAGCUCGCGUACCAAACUUCGUGAAGGCGAACGGGGCGAAGCAUGUUCUGCCGGCGAUGGCUGAGCGGCUCACACUGAAAGAGGCGCCAGUGCCGGUGCCGAGCAAGCGAUACAGCGUGGCCCACGCCCAUCCCGGCCCAUUCCCCCCGCACAUGCCACCAUUCGCACACGCCCCUAUGCCACCGGCGGCACUAUGGCACGCACGCUCAUACGAGAGCGGAAUCGGUGCGUACGAACGUCCCCCUAGAAAGGAGAAGCUCAUAAUAUAUGACAAAAAAUCUCUAAUUAGUUCCACCUUGGAACAAAACAAAGAGAAGGAACAAGACACUAACAAUCACAUACUUGCAGAUGGAGAACACUAUGACCCAUACGCGCUAUACGGAAGGCUACCGAUGCCAGGACGCGGCUUUCCACCACCACCGGCACCUAACGCUCGCCACAUGUUCAUCGGAGAAUGGGACUAA